AUGGGCCGGGCACGGGGACCCCGGAGCGGGCUUGUUGGGGGGCACACCGUCCUCCUGUUGCUGGUGAUUGGUCUCCUGCUGCCAGGAAUUCUGUCUAAGAGCAUCAGUUCCGUCUUGGACCCUUGCAAAGAUCCCUCUCGCAUCUCCUCACCCGCCCUUGCUGCCCUCUGCAAGCCGCGGAUUGGCAGCUCCAGUGGUUCCAGCGGUUCCAGCGGUUCCAGCGGCUCCAGCGGAUCGAGUGGUUCCAGCGGAUCGAGUGGUUCCAGCGGAUCGAGUGGUUCCAGUGGUUCCAGCGGUUCUAGUGGUUCCAGCGGUUCUAGUGGCUCCAGCGGCACCAGUGGCUCCAGCGGCUCCAGCGGCUCCAGCGGUUCCAGCGGCUCCAGCGGCUCCGGAAAGGAGUGGUCUUCGCAAACGGGAACCAGCUGGUCUUCUCAAUGGGGAACCGGCUCUUCCCAGUCUAGCGCCGGGUGGCCCGUGCAGUCGGGAACCGGCUCUUCCCAGUCUAGCGCCGGGUGGCCCGUGCACGGGACGGGCGCCUACCAACCGGGGCCCGGCUCGUCCUACCCGAGCUCCGAGUGGCCCCUCCAGUGGGGCGACCUCUCGUCCUCCGACGGCUCCCAGACCGCCUGGUUGUCGUCGUCGUCGUCGUCGUCGUCGUCGUCCGGGGGCGGGGGCGGGGGCGGGGGCGGGAUCCGGGGGGUGGCCCUGUACGGGCCCUGCAGCUCGGGCUCGGGGCCCUCCUCCGUGCCCUGCAACGCGCCCUCCUCCUACCUGCCCGACUCCCACACGGUGGCGGGCGGCCAGCGGCCGGUGGUGGUGGUGGAGACCCACGGCGGGCCCUGCGCGCCGGGCCGGCCCUGCCCCCCCAUCACCUCCCUGGGGGGCGGCCCGGCGGGGGGCGGCUACGAGGUGGUGGGCGGCUCCGCCCAAGACUACCUGGUCCCGGGCAUGACCUUCGACAAGGGCAAGAUCUACCCCGUGGGCUACUUCACCAAGGAGCAGGGCCCCAAGGGCGCCGCCGGCCGCCCCGUCUUCGCCGCCGGCGCCCCCGUCUCCGAGGGCGUCUACUUCUCCAGCAACGCCUACCCCGCUCAGCACAGCGCGGGCGCGCUGCCCAGCCCGGCCCACACGGGGCUCUUCUCCCAGACGGGCGGCGCCCUCAUCGCCUUCCGGGCCCCCGGCUCCCCGCACGGGGGCUGCGGGGCCGGGAGCCGCGGGGGUCCCUGCUCCCCCUCCUUCUCCUCGUCGUCGUCGUCGUCGUCGUCCUCCUCCGCGGGGGCCCUGCAGCCCUGCGGGGGCCGGGGGUCCCAGGGGUCCCAGGGGUCCGGGAGCGCCUGCCCUCCGGCCGGGUCCCGGGGCUCCUCCGGCGGCUCCCCGGGGGGCCCGGUCCUGGUGGUGCAGUCCUGCGGGAGCGGGGGUGGGGGCUCCCCCGGCCGCCCCUGCGGCUCCUCCCCGCCCGGCCUCAGCGGGGGUCCCGACGGCUCCCCGCACCCCGACCCCUCGGCCGGGGCCAAGCCCUGCGGCUCCGGGGCCCGGGGCUCCAGCGGCCUCCCCUGCCGCUCCAUCCGGGACAUCUGGGCUCAGGUCAAGCCCCUGGGGCCGCAGCUGGUGAACCCCGCCGUCUUCCUGCCCCAGGGGGACCCCCUCCGGGCGCCCUAG